AUGAAACAGAGCUUAGCAUCUAUCAAGAAGAUAAAGAUUGAAGAGAAAUGCAAAAAAGAAGGUCAAUUAGAUAUAAACUGUAAUCUAGACACUGAUAUCGAAAACAAAGCCAAUUAUAUGAACUCAGAUAAUUAUCCAUCAUUGUUCGACGGCUCCGAUAGAGAAGAUGAGGAACUUAACAAAGGAUUUAAACGUUUAGUUCGAAGAAAGAGGAGCGCAAGAAAUGUCUCUGACUCAUCAAGUAUGUCUUCCCCUUCUUCUAUGGAUUCUGCUAGAAAAAGCAAUUUCAGUGAUUCGGAGAACAGCUCUCAAGACGGAGAAAUUAUAGAGGAAAAGGAGACAAAGAAAUUGAGGGAGUUAAUGCAAAGAGAAGAUGAUGCUCUUUCUUUUUGCUUGGAUAUUUCCUUGAAGAUGAAGAAGGGAAUUGUAGAUUUUUUUGUAGGUAGUAAUGCAGAGGAAGAUGCCAAAAGUCAAAUUACUGAUAAUAUUAAGAAUGGGCAUUGCAAUAUUAGCAGCCUUACAGAUGAGUUAAGAAAAGGCGAAAUAUUCGAAUAUAUCAACUCUUUUGGAGAUACUAGAUUGAAAGAAUAUCAAAUAGUCGGAGUUUCAUGGCUUUUAGCUUUACACCAGAAUUCAUAUAAUGGUAUUCUUGCAGAUGAAAUGGGGUUGGGUAAAACUGCUCAAACUUGUGUUUGGUUACAGUAUCUAUUUGACUCCGACAAGUUAUUAAGGCCUGUAAUAAUUAGUUGUCCGGCCUCUUUAUUAGAUAAUUGGACAAAGGAAAUAUCUAUUUGGGCUCCAAGGCUUCGAGCAAUUAAAUACCAUGGGUCUCAAAAGGAAAGACGACAAAUUGCUGACCAGCUUUUUGAAGACUAUGAGGAAAAUAAAGUGGAUGCAAUUAUAACCACUUUCCAAAUGCUAAGUAAUAAGAUGGACAUCAAUAUGGCUUUCAAACACUUUGAAUUUUCGUAUAUGAUAGUGGACGAGGCUCAUAACAUAAAAAACUCGGCCUCACAAAGAUACAAAUCUAUGAGCAAGAAGAUUCAAUCAGAAAGAAAGUUGCUGUUGACUGGCACUCCAAUAUCCAAUUCCAUCUCAGAGCUAACUAACAUGCUUAUUUUUUUGAUGCCGGAGGUAUUCAAUUCUGAUUUAUUGGAGGAUGCAUACAAUAGUUAUAAGCGCCAGAUUUCAAAAAGAGAAAAUUAUAAAGAUAAUAACUCAGAGGUCUUGUUUCUUCAACAAAUAAUUGCUCCUUUCGUUCUUAGGAGGUCUAAGCAAGAUGUGUUAUCAUGCCUACCUAAGAAGCACACAUUCAUCGAAUUUUGUGAGCUAACCAAAGUACAAAAGAAGCAAUAUAAUGAUGAGAUAGGAUAUAUAUAUAUGGAAAAGGACUCUUUUAAUGAUCCAAAAGACAAUAUGUUAGAAAAAACCUUCAAACAGGAUUCUUCUAAUGAGAAGAAGCUAAUCAACUUAAUUCAAAGAAAAAUUCAAGAUAAGGUAAACCGCCACUUUGGAGAUUCAACUUAUGAAAAUGACAAGGAAUGCGAAGAUAGUAUCGACUCAAAUGACAUAAUAGUAGUUUGCAAAGACAAUGAUUUAGAGCUGGAAGAAAAUGAACAAGUAAAGUCUCAAGAAUCAGCAAAACACCACUACGACCCUAAGUAUGUAAAUUCGAUUAUAUUUAGGAUGAGAAGGAUUUGCAACCACGCCCUGUUACACCAAGGUCAUUAUACUAACAAGCAAAUAGAGGAGCUGGUUGACUAUUUGUCGGAGAAUGUGGAAGAGUUUAGAGAAUAUCCUAGGAUUAAAGUAGAACAACAUAUUACUCAGCUCUGCGACUAUGAGAUUCACCAGCUUGUGGGUAGGCUACUAACCAUGAAAAACUCUCCAGUAUUGCAGAGGUUCAAAAUUGAAGAUGAUUUAAUUAUCAAUGGAAGUUGCAAGCUGAUGAAGAUGAAUGAAAUAAUCCAAAGUACAGUAAUUGGAAAUAAGGAAAAAUGCCUUGUUUUUUGCCACCACACAAUGUUACUUGACAUUAUUGAAGAGUAUAUAAAAAUUAAGUAUAAUAUCCCUAACUUCUACUUAAGGCUAGACGGGACCACACCAAUUCUGGAGAGACAAAAUAUGAUAGAAAAGUUUCAGAAUACUGAGGUUCCGUUGUUUUUGCUCUCAACAAAGGCGGCUGGGCAAGAUAGAGAAACAAGCAGAGGACAGAGUUCACAGAAUUGGCCAAAGUAA